AUGUCGGCGCCCAAUCUUUACCACACCUUACUACGUCCCCCAGUUAUCCAAAUUCUUCGUGCUGCAGGCUUCCAUUCGGCCAGUCCCGCGGUCGUUGACACACUCACCGACCUGACCGCUCGCUAUCUGAUCCUCCUUGCCUCCUUCACCAGCGACCAUGCCAACAAUAGCCACGAUGAGAUCCCUAUCCCAAACCUCCACGACGUCAUUAUGGCGCUGCGGGAUGCAGGUGCCCUGAAACCCCAGAUGUCUCUCUCGGAGGAGGUGCUAAGGGGUGAAGAGGAUAUGCGCGGACUCGAGGCGUUUAUGGCCUGGUUUUCGGGACCAGUCAAUAAGGAAAUUAGACGGGUAGCUGGGUUCCUUCCCAGUGAAGGGGAUGUAGUGGAUGAAGACACGCUCGAGAAGGAGGAUUACCUCACGGCGCUGAAGAAAAAGCAUAGCAAAACCGGCGAGGAAUCGCGGUAUCAAGGUACUGUCCUCGGAAAAAGCGGAGAGGUGCAUCCCAUUGUGAUAGAGGGCGGAGCCCAAAGUAUAAAAGCUUGGGGGAUGCAGAUCCGAUCGAGAGAAGCGAGCACCGAAGCUGCUUCGUCCGUCAUGAGCAGUGUCCCUAGCAGUCUGUCCGAUGUGGUGGAGAUGGAAAUAUGA